CUUCUCGAUUUUUCACUUCCCCCGCCGCCAGCAACUCACGCCGCCGCUCUGCGCUGCUGUCGCUCCGUGUCGCUCCGUGUCGCCGUCGUUCCGCGAAGCCACCUGUGACGUUGCUCCCCUUACUAUUGGUGUCUCUUUUCGCCUUCUAUCAAAACUUAUCAACGAGGGAGCAUCAAUCGAGGCUCAACAAUCGCUACCUAUGUUGCUGUUGUCCACGUCAUUGUCGUCGUGUUGACAUUUCUUUCGUUACCAUUCAUCGAUUCCAAUCAGUGCAAGGUUCUUUUCUUCUCUGAAAAAAUUAGGAGUCAACAAGUGUAAGUGGAUUCAAAAGGUGUUCACUGGCUUGUCGAUUGGAGUAUGAUGGUCCAAAAUGAGUUUUUAAUAGUCAAAAAUAGCGAUUGAUCCUUCACAAUGUUGAUUCACAAUGUCUGCAACAGCAGGACCUGUACAUGAGAUGCAAGCUCCCCCUCCUUUGGUUUCAAAUUCUGAAAGCACAGAACCUGUUGCGGGAUCAGCUGAUGGUACACCUACAUCUGCAACUGUUCCAACAAUGGGUCUGUCAGUUCAAGGGACAACUGCAUCAUCUUCAUUGCCAGAGUCCAUUCAAUCUACUGUUGCAGCUUCUGGAACUCCUGCUCAAAGCUCAUUAUCCCAGACGGGUUCUCUUGUAAAGCAAAAUGAACCUGCUCAAGAUUCUGUUAGGGCUAAAUUUACUUCAUCAUUAGGCUAUGUUGUCCCAGCACCGUCUUUUUCUUACAAUGUGGUUCCUCGAAUGAAUUCAACCCCUUCAAAUGCUCAGCAGCCGUCAUCUUCUCCUGCUUUUAAGUGGACACCACCAAUGCCUGCUGCAGCUCUACAACCCCCUGUUCCUGGCCAGUUUUUAGGCAACAGACCUUUUUCAUUCAGUGUAGUCCCACAUGCUAAUGUUGUCCCAGCAUCUGGUCAGCAGAUUCAACUUGAAACCGCUCCUGUACAAGUACAGUUUCAAGGUGGAAGGUUUACUCCUUCCAGUGCUUCCUUGCAACCACCAAUUCCAAGACAACCCAUCCGUGCUGCUUUUGUCCCAGGUGCUGUAUCUUCAAAUUCACCUGCACCUAUGCAGUUUCCUUUGUCUGUUCCUAGAGGAGAUGCUACAAAACAAAGGAAUUUCUUGUUCAGUGGGAACAAUCAACUUUUGACUGCAGAGAAAUCUGAAACAACCCCAUCUACUGAAAAACAGAAUACCUCAGAUGCUGUUGCAAUGGUAACUACUAGCACUUCCUCAAGUCUGGCUAGUUCUUUCUCUGUACAAACGUCUCAUUGUUUGCCAUCUAGUACCUCAAUGGCCUCUGGUACAAGUCUCAAUUCCAGUUCAACAAGCAUGUCGAUUCCAGCUGCUCCAUCUUUUACUGUGCAUGCUGAAAUACCAAGCAGUGACAGGUUCCAAGCAUUUUUGGGAAUUUCUAAUUCUGCUGUGGUUUCAAAUGCUGCCACAAUAAAACCAACAGCCACAAGUUCUUUUUCACCACUGAAGCCCAUUGUUCCUCUUCCUGCUACUCUACCCCCCACAAUUCCUGUUCCUGUACCAGUUCCUGUUCAUCAAAACCUUCAACAGCCAACAAAUCCAGUUUAUGCAUUACAACCUACAAUGGCUCCAUCCCCUCAAUUCUUCUGGUCGCAUCCACCUCAAGCUGGUCAGAUGCAGCAUGUACCAUUUUCACCUUACCCUGGCUAUCUUCCUGCACCUUUUCCUCAAUCUGUCCAGGGAAUACCUCCUACAGUUCCUUCGGUGUUUGUUCAGCCUCCUGGUGUCUCUCCAGUCGUAUCCCAAGUUGAACCAACAACAGGAUGUCUCCAUCCUGAAAGCAGCUCGAUAGGAGAAUUACCUUCAUCAGAUAUUGAUCAGGGUAAAAAAUCCAUCAUUGCUGACAAGGCAGAAAGAGAUACUAAUAAUGAAAUAGAAAAUGCAUGGACAUCCCACAAGACAGAGACCGGUGCAGUCUACUACUAUAAUUCUAUUACUGGAAAAUCAACAUAUGAAAAACCCUCAAGUUUUAAGGGAGAGCAAGAGAAAGCCACCAACCAGUCAGGUCCAGUUUCAUGGGAAAAGUUACCUGGUACUGAUUGGACACUUGUAACGACAAAUGAUGGGAGGAAGUACUAUUAUGAUACCAAGAACAAGGUUAGUAGUUGGCAUGUCCCAGCAGAGGUUGCAGAACUCAGGAAAGGUCAAGAAAUAAAUUCAACAGAAGGAAAUGAAGCUCCACCAGAGGCUGGCAUGCAAGGAGAUAAAGUUUUUGCAUCUGUUAGUAUUGAUACUCCAGCUGCACAGACUGGUGGUCGUGAAUCUGUGGCCCUUCGUUCUGGACAACCUGUUCCAUCAUCAGCAUUGGAUUUGAUCAAGAAGAAGUUGCUCCCUGAAACAGGCUCUCCGAUAACAUCACCUCAUUCAACUUCUGGCCCUACUGCAUCAGAUACAAAUGGAUUGAAAGCUGUUGAGUCAGCUGUCAAGGGACAAAAGCCUGCUAUUAGUAAAGAAAAAGCAAAAGAUGCUGCAGGUGAUGGUACUAUGUCAGAUUCCUCGUCUGAAUCAGAUGAUGAGGAAAGUGGACCUAGCAAAGAAGAAUGCAUUAUUAAAUUCAAGGAAAUGCUUAAAGAACGAGGAGUUGCACCUUUUUCAAAAUGGGAGAAAGAACUGCCGAAGAUAGUGUUUGAUCCACGCUUUAAGGGGGUUCCAAGUCAUUCUACUCGAAGGGCAUUGUUUGAACAUUACGUUAGGACACGAGCUGAAGAAGAGCGCAAGGAGAAAAGAGCAGCACAGAAGGCUGCACUUGAUGCUUUUAAACAAUUAUUGGAAGAAGUUACAGAGGACAUCGAUCACAAAACUGAUUAUCAUUCAUUUAGAAAAAAAUGGGGUGGUGAUCCCCGAUUUGAGGCCAUUGAUCGCAAGGAACGAGAGCUUCUAUUGAAUGAGAAAGUGAAGGCUGCAGAUGAGAGGAUAAAAGCCCUACGCAUGGCUGCUUCCAGUAGUUUUAAGUGUAUGCUUCGUGAUAAUCGAAAUAUUACACUGAACAGCCGAUGGUCCAGGGUAAAAGAUAGUUUCAGGGAGGAUCCUAGAUACAAGGUUGUGAAACAUGAAGACAGGGAACUUCUAUUCAAUGAGUACAUAGCUGAACUGAAAACUGCUGAAGAAGAGGCAGAAAGAUCAGCCAAGGCUAAAAGAGAUGAGCAGGAGAAAUUGAAGGAGAGAGAGAGGGAGUUGCGGAAAAGAAAAGAAAGAGAAGAACAAGAAAUGGAGAGAGUUAAAAUAAAAGUUCGUAGGAAAGAGGUUGAAUACACCUAUCGAGCUUUGCUUGUUGAGAUGAUUAAAGACCCAAAGGCAACCUGGACUGAAUCAAAGCCGAAACUUGAGAAGGAUACCCAAGGGCGUUUAACAAACCCUGAUUUGGCCCCAGAAGAUGCUGAGAAGUUAUUCCGCGAGCAUGUUAAGGACUUGCAUGAGCGUUGUGUGAACGACUACCGCUCGCUCCUUGCUGAAGUUAUUACUGCAGAAGCUGCUGAUGCAGCAAAAGAUGAUGGAAAGACUAUUCUGACUUCUUGGUCUGAAGCAAAACGCCUUCUCAAGGCUGAUGCUAGGUAUACCAAGCUGCCAAGCAAAGAUCGCGAGUCUCUUUGGCAUCGACAUGCAGAGGAUUUGUUACGAAAACAUAAAUCAUCAUUACCUCCAAAGGAGAAGUUAGAUAAAGAUGGCAAGAAUAAAUUAUCAUCUGCUGAGCAUUCAAAGAAGUCACCUCGGAGAUCACCUCACCGAUCCCAUGUACGUAGGUAGCUACAUGUUUUAUCUCGCUCACCCGCGUAUUCUUUCGAAAUGAAGAGCAAACAGUGUUAACUCAUCUUUGAGAACCUUUUUUCUUUUGAAUCAGGGUUGGCCAUCUUGUAACAAAAUUGUACAAUUUACUAAUUUUUUACAUAAUUAUUUACUGGGAGCCUAUUCGCA